GCGAUGCGCGGCCGAGAGGCCCACCGUAGCCGGGAGUCCGCCGCUCGGCCCCUGCUGUUCUGCGAUGCCUGGUGGGAGCACCACGCUCAUGCGGUCGUGCGCUUCCUCCGCUGGAUCCUGGGCGAAAGCAAGGACAUCAGCACAGGCAAAGGGCACCCGGGCUGGCAGCAGGGAUCUAUCAAGGGCGACGACGGCAAGUGCAUGGAAGCUGGCAAGCAUCGGGGCAAUCGAAUUGGCAGAGCUGGCGGCAAGGGUCACGUUCUCAUGGGCGGGCGCGAACGCUACAAGCGCCGCCAAAAUGGCCGCGCAGCGGCCGACUGCACCGAGGGAGCCACAAAAGUGAGGCAAGCGAGCAAUGAGCAGGGCAUGGUGGGCGAGGCAGGCGGCAAGCAGGAGUUUCCGAGGCAGGGGCUUUUUCGGGAAGCUUAUUCCACGAGGCCCUUGAAGCUCCAGUGGGCCAACUCGACAUCGACAGCAGAAGUGCUGGAAGGAAGCCGCGGGGCCCUCUGCGCCGGCGGCCGCGCGGGGCGACAAAUGCACGAUAGGGCGGCCGCGGCCAGCAACGUUGCCCGUGCAACGCAAUUGACCACCAUGCUGCCGCCAGCCGCCUCGGCGCUGGCCAAG